GCAAAAAGAAUGAACGUUUGGCGGCCACGUAAGUUAUUCGAAAGAUUGAGCGCGCAUCGGAUUGCGAGCGCGAGAAGAACGUUGUCGGUCCUCGUCUAUCGUGACGGUGUUUGUAAACAAGCGGCGCCCUAGUAACAAAAACGAUAGAGCAGGGGCACAUAUUUGGAGUACACCCCUGAGGGAUCCGCGCACGCGUAGUAUCGUUCGAAUCGAACAAGUAGCGUGGUGGGGGAUCCCCUACUCGCAAAUGUUGAUCGUCGAAGCGUUCGGCGAAUUUCACUAAAAACUCUCGCGUCGAAUUUACGUCGGAAUUGUGCGCGUCUCUCGGUCGUACCUCGACGAUCGCUAAUCCAGUCGGAUUUUUCCCGUUUUUCGUUGAAUUCGAGUCGCGUUGUCGCGGUUGUUCGGUGUCAUUCUAUGUAACAGAGGGAAACGGAUACCCCGCGAUAAUGGCAUUGUUGUGAUAGCGCCACUCUGUAGAUAGCUAGAUAUAUACAUAGUUUCCACGACCAUUGACGGCGGCGGGGUCUCGGAUAAGUGAAGAGGGAAAAAGAAAAUGUGUAAUAAAGAAAGAAAAUAUAUAUGUCAAGAUGGAUCAAAGUGAGAAAGAAAACACGUAAAAAGAUUCCGGAAGAAGAAGAAGAAAGAAAAGAAAAGAGAAAGAAGAAGAAGAAAAGAAAAGAGCUUGCCUGGUUGGUUGCGCGCGCGCGCGCGCGCGCUCAAACCACCGUUCGUCGUUCAUUCACGGUCAGAACUACUACGUAGAAAUACGUUGUGCGUGGUGUUCUGCUAGUGAUAUUAUGGAUAUAAUAGUGUAGUGGUAGUAGUAGUGUGGUAUUGCUUCUGCUACUACUACUGAUCGUCGUUUUCGUCUUCUUCGUCGUCGGUUGUUGUGUUGUCGUCGUCAUCAUUAUUAUCCGUCGUUAUCUGCGACGUAAACGUUGUCAACUUGUUGUUUUAUACAUCUUGUGUCGAGUUCACAGUACCACAUCGGGGUUUACCAUCGUCACAUGUGAUAACUAACUGACGUUCGCGUAACUAACACACACCUUUCAAAUGUGACAAAAAUUGAAAAGAAAAAUAUGUAACUUGGCACGUGUGAAAGUGAGAAAAAAUAUAGAAGAAGAGACGAUUCCUCUCCCCCAAUGCUAGGAGAAGAACGGGAAGAAGAAAGAAAUAAAAAAAUAGACAGUAUCAUCAAGAACCAAAAAUAAAUGUAAAAAAGAAAAAGAGAGAAAAAGUAUAACGUGAGGAUAAAAUAGAUAUAAUAGUAGGCGCGAGCGAGGAAACCACGCGCGCGUCUCUUCUACUCCAUCGAUAAUAAUGUAUGUACGCGUUAUUCUACUGUGAAAAAAGUUAUUCAUCAAUCACGUCGUCGUCGUGUUGCAUAAAAAAACGACACACAAGUCAAGAAACGUUUUACGGAUAAAGCCAGAAGAAAAUAUAUCAAAGGAGCAUCAUGGCUCAAAUGGAGCAGCAACUACCCAUACCAAUGCCGGAUUUAAGUACUCUUCGCAUAACAACGGCAGUUUCUAUGCUUGGUAAAGCGUACGGAUGUGGACAAUGUAGUGCCCCCCCACCUGGACCAACAACCAGCACUUCCGUUGGAACAGCCGGAGCAACUGGGAGCAAUGUUGUUACUCCAAGUUCUCUGGGGCUGGUCCCCACACAACAAACACAUACUCCACCUCAACCUCCAGAACUGCCAAUGUUUUCAUGCCCACGAAGGCCCAACAUAGGACGCGAAGGUAGACCGAUUGGAUUAAGAGCAAAUCAUUUUCAAAUUACAAUGCCACGAGGUUAUGUACACCAUUAUGAAAUCAAUAUACAACCUGAUAAAUGCCCUCGUAAAGUUAAUAGAGAAAUCAUAGAAACAAUGGUUCAUGCAUAUAGUAAAAUUUUUGGAACUCUUAAGCCUGUGUUUGAUGGACGAAAUAACUUGUAUACAAGAGACCCUUUACCUAUCGGAACUGACAAAAUAGACUUAGAGGUAACACUGCCUGGUGAGGGUAAAGAUCGAGUUUUCAGAGUUGUGAUAAAAUGGGUAGCUCAAGUUUCAUUAUUUGCCUUAGAAGAAGCACUUGAAGGGCGUACAAGACAAAUUCCAUAUGACGCUAUACUUGCAUUAGAUGUUGUGAUGAGGCAUUUACCAUCAAUGACUUACACACCGGUUGGAAGAUCAUUUUUUAGUAGUCCAGAUGGAUAUUAUCAUCCAUUAGGUGGAGGCAGAGAAGUAUGGUUUGGUUUUCAUCAAUCUGUUAGGCCAUCGCAAUGGAAAAUGAUGUUAAACAUUGAUGUUUCUGCAACUGCAUUUUAUAAAGCACAACCGGUAAUAGAAUUUAUGUGUGAAGUAUUAGACAUUAGAGAUGUAAACGAACAGAGAAAACCAUUGACAGAUUCACAACGAGUUAAAUUUACCAAAGAAAUUAAAGGGCUCAAGAUAGAAAUAACUCAUUGUGGGACUAUGAGACGAAAAUAUAGAGUAUGUAAUGUUACACGUAAACCAGCACAAAUGCAAUCAUUUCCGUUACAAUUGGAAAAUGGACAAACAGUUGAGUGUACUGUUGCAAAAUAUUUUUUGGACAAAUACAAGAUGAAAUUGCGUUAUUCGCAUCUUCCUUGUUUGCAAGUAGGACAAGAACAUAAACAUACUUACUUACCGCUUGAGGUAUGUAAUAUUGUAGCUGGACAACGUUGUAUAAAAAAAUUAACUGACAUGCAAACAUCUACUAUGAUAAAAGCAACGGCACGUUCAGCGCCGGAUCGUGAAAGAGAAAUUAAUAAUUUAGUUAGGCGGGCUGACUUCAACAAUGAUUCUUAUGUUCAAGAGUUUGGGUUGAGUAUAUCAAACAACAUGAUGGAAGUUCGAGGACGUGUACUACCUCCACCCAAGUUACAGUACGGAGGGCGCGUAAGUUCCAUCAGUGGACAGACGAAGCAACAAGCAAUGCCCAAUCAAGGUGUUUGGGAUAUGCGAGGCAAACAAUUCUUCACAGGAGUUGAAAUAAGAGUUUGGGCAAUAGCUUGUUUUGCUCCACAAAGAACAGUACGAGAAGAUGCAUUACGUACAUUUACUACACAAUUGCAAAAAAUCAGUAACGAUGCUGGUAUGCCUAUUGUUGGACAACCAUGUUUCUGCAAAUACGCUACUGGGCCAGAUCAAGUAGAGCCUAUGUUUCGAUAUUUAAAAGCAACUUUCAAAGCAUUACAACUAGUGUGUGUGGUACUACCUGGGAAAACUCCUGUGUAUGCUGAAGUAAAACGAGUUGGAGAUACUUUACUAGGAAUGGCAACUCAAUGUGUACAGGCAAAAAAUGUUAAUAAGACUUCUCCUCAAACUUUGUCUAAUUUAUGUCUGAAGAUUAAUGUAAAAUUAGGUGGUAUCAAUAGCAUUCUAGUACCAAGUAUAAGACCAAAAGUUUUUAAUGAGCCUGUUAUAUUUCUUGGAGCGGAUGUAACUCAUCCUCCUGCUGGAGAUAAUAAAAAACCCAGUAUAGCUGCUGUCGUAGGAAGUAUGGAUGCUCAUCCGUCUAGAUAUGCAGCUACAGUUAGAGUACAACAACAUCGGCAAGAAAUUAUACAAGAACUCAGUUCAAUGGUCAGGGAACUAUUGGUAAUGUUUUAUAAGAGUACAGGGGGAUAUAAACCACAUAGAAUAAUUCUUUAUCGCGAUGGAGUAUCGGAAGGACAAUUUCUACACGUUUUACAACAUGAAUUAACUGCCAUUCGCGAAGCUUGCAUUAAACUAGAAGCUGAUUAUAGGCCUGGCAUUACUUUCAUCGUAGUACAAAAAAGACAUCACACUCGUUUGUUCUGUGCAGAUAAAAAAGAACAGAGUGGAAAAAGUGGUAAUAUUCCAGCUGGUACAACGGUUGACGUUUGUAUAACUCACCCAACAGAAUUUGAUUUUUAUCUCUGCAGUCACCAAGGUAUUCAGGGAACAUCUAGGCCGUCUCAUUAUCAUGUUCUGUGGGAUGACAAUCACUUUGAAAGUGAUGAAUUACAGUGUCUUACGUAUCAGUUAUGUCAUACGUAUGUAAGAUGUACUAGAUCUGUUAGUAUACCGGCACCUGCUUAUUAUGCCCAUCUUGUGGCAUUUAGAGCAAGAUAUCAUUUAGUAGAAAAAGAACAUGAUAGUGGGGAAGGAUCUCAUCAAUCAGGGUGUAGUGAAGAUAGGACACCAGGUGCAAUGGCACGAGCAAUUACGGUUCACGCGGACACAAAGAGGGUUAUGUAUUUUGCAUAAUUGUCUUUUUUUAAAACAUCAUAGAUAAAAACACCAUAGAUAAAAACACCAUAGGAAAAAAACAACGCCUUAUGUUGUUUUUUAAACAUAGCAUUUGAGGGCUUCAAAAUUGGUAAUUAUCAUAUCUGGUAAUGAUCAUAUAGAUAAUCAUAACAGGUUACUGAAAAAUGUUGAAUGAUCUUCUUGAGUGGUCAAUUUUUUUUUACUUUUAUAAUUAUAAUAAGCCUAUUCGGCGUGAGCGAACACUCCAUAAUAACAAACACAGUAUAAAAGUGAAAGAUCUGUAUUAUGAGUUUUCACUUAGAGUUUCAUGAAAAUAGUUUAGAAAAUAAGUUUUAAAAGAUGCGGAUCAAGCACGAACAGAUAUUCGUAUUAAAAGAUGCGGAUCAAGUACGAACAGAUAUUCGUAUUAAAAGAUGCGGAUCAAGUACGAACAGAUAUUCGUAUUAAAAUGCAGCGAUUUGCAGCUUAACCAAUUGGUUGUUGCACGACGAAGUUUCGAUACGAUUUAAAAAAAAAGGAUACGAUUUAAAUAAACGAUUCAACUUAUAAUAGGUAUUACGUCCAUGAACUGUCUUACGUUUGUACAUUAUAAGCUCAACUCCAUGGAAUCAACAUUUUCGAUUAUAAUUAUAUAAAUCGCUUAAAGCGAUGUUGUUAAGACGUUUAAAUAUCAUUUGUAGUGAAGUCGAAAUAUCAAUAAUUGUGAAAAUACUAGUAGAUUCCAAUUAAUGAAAUUUCUGAUAUAGCUAACAUAUGAGUAUAAUUAUGUUAAGCAUUAGUGAGUUACAGCGAGUAAAAAUAUAAAGAAGAAGAAGAGAAGAUUUAAGCUCGAUUAAAGAUUAAACGUAAUUUAAUUGGACUUCAUUAGGAAAUUACAAGGCAAUUAUAAGGUACGGAUCAUUCAAAUACAUUAGAAAAGAUGUGAGGUAUCGUAAAAAUAAUCAUAACUAAAAAAAAAAAUCAAAUAGAAUAAAAAUGGGAGAAAAGAAUUGUAUAAAAAUUGUAUAGAGAAUAAGAGUCCAGGCAGCGUCAGAAAGAGCAGCUUUAGAGUGCGAACCUCUGGGACCUACUAAAAAAUCAUUAAUGUAUAAAAAUUUAAAAAAAAAAUUGGCCACCUCAAGUUAUGAAGUUUGAAUAGAUGCGUUUGGAGAAUGAUUUGGAAAAUUAAUUAUUAAUAGUUUAAGUGCCACGGAUUUUGGCAAAAAUCCGAUCGAAAAAUGCGAUAGCGCUUGUUUCAUUCUGUGUCAAAAAAUUCCAAACAGCGUGAUUAUAUUGCACUUUAUAUUAUAAGAACGUAAUCUAAAUGUUAUAUUAUACAUUAUACUUAAACUGUUAUUUUCUGCUACAGCAGUCUGGUAUAUUGGUAACUUUAGACACUGAAAAGAAGAGCGCUAUCGCGCCGCUUGGUGGCACUCAAACGAUUGGGCGUAGACAUUGUGUAAAUAUUAAUUGCUAGUAAAUAGCAAAGUGAGUUAGAGUGAUUUACUAGAAUAAGAUUGAAAGUGAUAACUGAUACUUACGAGGAAACAAUUUGUUAAGUAAUCCUUAUAAUGUCAUAAAUCACAUUGUGCCACAUCUAACUAAUAACAAAUUGCCAUUUUUAUAUAUGGCAUAAUUUUGUUUUAAAGUCUAAAUCUAAUGUCACAGUUUGCAAUAAUUAUGAAAACUAAUUGGGAGUUAAAAUCACACAGCAUAUUAAAUACAUUGAAGAGACGUUUAUCUAUAUGUGCGAUAUAGGUAAAAUGAUAAUUUGUUUUCAAUAUUUAAGCAAUUUCAUUUUUGAAAAUGUAUAAAUGCACCAGUUCUAUGUAUUUCAUUUUUUAGUUAUCACUUUUAAUAUUUCUUUUUUUUAUUGUCUUUAUUUUUAUUUUUUAUCUUUAUGUGGCACAUAAUCAGCUUCCAAUUAAAUACACACAUUUACUGACGCUGUCUGAACUAAGAUAGCCUGCAAAAGUUAGUAUCGAUGAUAUUAACCUUUUGAGACGCACUCUCGCAUGAAAUGUGUAGUAUAUAUGGUGAGUUAUUCGUAGCUCAGUCACGGCGACUAAUUGUUGCACAUCGUUAUUUAUCAUUCUCUCCAAGAACGUAUAUAUUGCGUUUUACGUGAUAGAGAUUUAAUGAAGCGCAACAUGAAGCAAAUAAAAUUUUGUACAAUAUUGAAAAUAUUAUGUUCAUGUGCGAUUCAUUAUUCGAUUAGUAGCAAACGUUAGUAACGUAACACAAACUAUCAAAAUAGGUAUAAUAAGUGAUUGCACUUGAGCAACUACUAGACAUAAUAUAGUCAUGAUAAGAUAUGUUUGGACCCUGAUUGUAUGUAAAUUUUAAGAUCUGGAAAAGUUUAUCAUAUUGAGUCAUCUAAAUAAGAUUUCUUUUCCAAAAUGACAUAAACUCAAAUAAUCAGUUAUUAUACUUUAUCAAUGAGUGAUAGGAGAAAAAUAUAGAAACGACUAGAAAAUUUGGGGCUUUGUUGAUAAUACCAGGUGUGGUAGAAUUCAGGACUUAUUGGUUUUUGGUCUCUAUUCGGGUAAGCUAUAAGUGAAGCACAAUAAUUGAAUAGAAGGGCGUUAUAAGAAAUGGAAUAUCAUAUAUUGGGAAAUAUUAUCUAGAUAUGAGAUAGGGGAUAAUGUGAUUAAUAAUGUGACCAAUUUACCCACUAUGUUUAAAUAUUUUCCGGUCGUAUUUUUGCUAGUUAUUCCAUACGGAUUGUUUAGAUAAACUGAGAUCUUUUACUUUAUUUUCGGCAUAUUUGUUUGUUUCUAAUACCAUUUUUUCAAGCAAUGAAUUUGUAAAUAAUUUGGAAAAAUCUGUAGGUUUCAUAAAACAAACAGAAAUAUUAGUUUCUAUAACCCUAGAACCCAUAGAAAAAUUUACUGUGGUUAAUCUUCGUGCAUGAUAUCUUUUCAAACAGUAAAUUGAUUAGCAAUAAUAUUUUUAUUUUCAUUGUAAGACUUGAGGAGACCGAUUGCUCUUUAUUUUCUGUGUUGCAAGGGUUUAUAGGAUAAUAUGCCUUCGUAGUAGAUAGGUGUAGGCCUUACAGUAGUUGUGUGUUGUGUGUGCGCGUGUGUGGGUCAUAUCACCAAGAAAGAAAACAUGAUGGGGAAAGCAAGACUUAAAAGUUCUGAGAACUAAAACAAAGAAAGGAUAAUCAUUGCCUCGUGAAAUAUCUAUCCUUAGAAUAAUUUAGAAUUAAAUAGUAGAGCUUAGAUUAUUUGUGUUUUAGAAGCCUUUUCCUUACAAUUAUCAGGAGUGGGAUAAAAAAAGCCUUGCACCAGUUUUUUCUACAGUAGGUGUAGAAAAUAUUUGUACACUGAUCAAUUUUACACAUGGUUUUGUGAAAUUAUUGUUUAUUAACUAAAUUUUUAUAACAAGGAAUAAUAGUCAACGGCCUAGACACGUUGGAAUACUAGUUUCUGUUAGAUCACUAAAGACAAAAAACGAUAGGCAUCGUUAGCACAUGGAUAGAUAAUCCAUUUGAAAAAAAAAAAAAAAAAAAA